UUUCCUCCCCAGUGCCGGCCCCCCCGAUCCUGCAGCUCGAGGAGUGUUGCACCCACAACAACAGUGCCACCUUGUCCUGGAAGCAGCCCCCCUUGUCGACGGUGCAGGUGGAAGGCUACAUCCUGGAGCUCGAUGACGGCAACGGCGGCCAGUUCAGGGAGGUGUACGUGGGCAAGGAGACCAUGUGCACGGUGGACGGGCUUCACUUCAACAGCACCUACAGCGCCCGGAUCAAAGCCUUCAACAAAACAGGAGUCAGCCCCUACAGCAAGACCUUGGUCCUCCAGACAUCCGAGGCUCGUGGGGCUGCUGAAACCGAUGACCUGAGAGACACGCAGUCAGAAGAACAGACCCUCCCUUUUCCAGUGCCUUUGGAAAGAUCGCAGCUUCGUAGAAUGAGUCCUUUCUCCUCCACCCUUAAUCUACAACCCAGCUUUCCGGGGAGAUCCUACUUUGAGCUAAGAUCUUCGGCCCACCAGCUGAGCUUGCAUUCUUCUUUACAGUCCCUGAAUUCAGCUGGAUGCAAUUUUGAGACACAAGGAACGCCUUACUCUCAAUUAGUUGACAUUAAAAAAAUGGUGGCAGUUGCUUGGUUUUCUUUCGACCCUGCCUCUGCCCACGCUGACAUCAUCUUUUCUAAUGACAACCUGACUGUCACCUGCAACAGCUAUGAUGACAGGGUUGUGCUGGGGAAAACGGGCUUUUCCAAAGGGCUCCAUUACUGGGAGCUGUCGAUCGAUCGUUACGAUAACCACCCCGACCCGGCCUUCGGCGUGGCACGCAUCGAUGUCCUGAAGGAUGCCAUGCUGGGCAAGGACGACAAGGCCUGGGCCAUGUACGUGGACAAUAACCGGAGCUGGUUCAUGCACAACAAUUCGCACACCAACAGAACCGAGGGUGGGAUAACGAAAGGCGCCACGGUGGGAGUGCUGCUGGAUUUGACCAGGAGGACCUUGACGUUCUCCAUCAACGAGGACCAGCAAGGACCCGUCGCCUUCGAGAACCUGGAGGGCCUCUUCUUCCCUGCGGUCAGCCUCAACAGGAACGUGCAGAAAGACCCAACUGGUGCCCUGUCCCACCUCUCCGGCAGCCGGCUGUUGGAUUGGUCCGCAGCCAGCUGGGAACGUCGGGGGCUUGGGUACCACUGGUACCAGCGGUCCCACUUCACGCUGGAGCUGCGUAGGGGAUCCCAGAGCGCCAACAAGUCGUGA